GAGAUGAGUUCCGUAGUAUGGGUCUACUGUUUGGGGCUGCAAAAAUUCUAGCAGAUUUCACCGAAACGCUAAAAACGCAAAAAAUUGAAAAACGAUAUAAAAUCGAUGAAAAUGAUGAAAUUCUAGAACUAUGUAUGACACUCAUCAAGACCGAGUUGCCCAUUCUGGAAACCCUACUUGCCGACGAUAAUGAAAGAGAACGUUGUGAAUAUGUAGAAUCUGUCCUAGAUCCAGCAAUACAUAUUGUCAGAAGGAUCACGGGAAAAAAGGUUACUCGCUACCCACGGAUGGAAGUCACUGGGGAAGAUAAUACUGGUCGAGUAGAUUAUGCCGUAAGACACCUCUCGGAACUUAUCUGCAUAACCGAAGGUAAAUUUUGGAAUAUAACCGAAGGGAAUCCGCUUAAGGUUGAGUUAAAUGAAUCCGCAUUAGAAGAUUUAAAUGAGGAACUUAGUUUACGCAAUCAUGUAAAAACAAUUCUGGAGGUGAUCGUGGGUUUAUUAAUAGAUAAAUUAGGAACUGUCGAACCACCGGUUAAAAAGGUCAAGUAG